AUGCGACACCACCUAUACACUCGAAUGAAUCUUCUAUUCUUCCUCCAGCUUGUGUUGAUCUCGAUUGUUAAUGGGGUGGAAUCCCCCCACAAGUUUUAUUUGUGCAAAAGCAGCAGCUUUCGCGUCUCUAAUGCGAAGAGAUUCGCCCAAACCCUUGUGAAUGAGAGAAUGCAGAAACUAGAUGACGGGGAAGAAUUUAUUAAAGUCUACCGUGGCACAAGAUUUGACAUGAUGAGGAAAUUCAGCCCUCCGUUUUACUACAAGGUCCUCAAACCAGCGACCUCAUAUAAAGGAUUCAGGAAGAGAAAAUUUGAAGUAAUGGUUCUCAUUGAUAGAAAGAAUCAAUUCGUUACGGUUGUGGAACGAAGCCGUGGCAAUUUUUACUUCCAGUGCAAGCUUGGUAGGAGGCCAAAGUGGCAAUAUUUGAGGCGAUUGACCAACCGUUUUUCCCGGCGCCCUCAAUAA